AUGACCACCUCUGCCAAACAAUGGUUGAACGAGCUUCUCAUCCCGUCAGACGAUGAUUACGCCGGCCACAGACAUUGGGGCUUUACCAUUUACCGUACCGGAUACGGACCUGGACCUUCUUCCGAUCAGCAAUGGCAGCGACUUCUUGAAAUGAUCCAGACUAGUGCGCACGAGGAAGCUUUCGACGCUAUUGAAUCUGAGGAAGAAGGCCCUAAAGACGACCCUUAA